AUGUCGCUGGUGCAGUUCUAUGUGGCAACUGAGAUCUCACGUGAGGUGGUAUUCGUGCUGGGAGAUAUCGGGAACGUGCAGUUUCGCGACCUGAAUUCAAACGUGAGCACGUUUCAGAGGUCAUUUGUGGGUGAAAUACGCAAGUAUGAUAAUACAGAGAGACAGUUGCGGUAUUUGGAGGAGGUGUUGAAGAGACAAGAGAGUUCGAUUCCUUUGACGGGCUACGAGCACAUUUCUUCACAUGGUGGAAUGGCCUACACGAACACACCCACCACAUCGCAACUGGACGACCUUGUCCAGGUGAUUGAUCAAUACGAUACGAGUGUCAGACAACUUGAUGGCAGUUUAGAAGGACUUUUGGCGCGACACGCAGGGCUACUGGAACACAGGCAUGUUCUGACUGGGUCGAGGAAGUUCUUUGAUUUGCGUUCUAACAGCUUCGAGAUGGUGGAAGACGAGACUGCUCUAGGCAACCUCAGACCUUCAUCCGAUGAAACGGAGGGUCUCUUGGUGGAGGAAAUCGAGGUGGAGCUUGGCUACGGGCCUGUACGUCAUUCCACGGAUGCCAACAGAGAAGCAACUGAUUUUGGCGCACUUUCUGCCACUAUGAGCGUUCUGGCCGGUACCAUAGACAGGGACCGGUUCUUUGCUCUCCAGAAAAUUCUGUGGAGGGUUCUCAGAGGAAACUUGUACAUUAAUUAUGUUCCUAUCGAAGAGCCCAUCAGAGACGCAAAGACGGGAACAGACGUUUACAAGUACAUCUUCAUCAUCUUCACUCACGGGGAGACGCUCAUCAGAAGAUGCAAGAAGGUGGUUGAUUCCCUGGACGGAAAGAUCUUUGAUGUAGACAGCAACUACGAUGUGUUCAAGGCACAACUGGAUGACUUGAACGGAAAGGUUGAUGAUGUGAACCAGGUUCUUGUUCAUACAAAGGACCGGCUGAGACUGGAGCUCAAGGAGAUUGCUCACGAACUUUUGAAGUGGAAGGUGGAGAUCAAGCGAGAGAAGGCGAUCUACGUAACAAUGAACCUGUUUAAUUACGACCAGACGAGAAGGUGUCUGAUCGCGGAGGGCUGGAUCCCGAAGAACGAUCUCCAGAUGGUGAAAAAUGCCUUGCGAGAUGUUACGGACCGUUCAAGAACUGAUGUGAACUCCGUGGUGAACGAGCUGCAAACCAACAGAGUACCUCCAACAUACCACAAAACCAACAAGUUUACAGACGCAUUCCAGAACAUCAUUGAUGCGUACGGUGUGGCCACAUACCGCGAAGUCAACCCUGCUCUGGCCUCGGUGGUGACUUUUCCUUUCAUGUUUGCCAUUAUGUUUGGUGACGUGGGUCACGGAUUGGUGCUGUUCCUGGCUGCUCUGGUACUGGUAUUGAAAGAGAAGCAGAUCGGUGCAAUGAAGAACCGAGAUGAGAUCUUCGACAUGGCCUACAGUGGAAGAUAUAUCCUCAUUCUUAUGGGUGCCUUCUCCAUCUAUACUGGUCUUCUUUACAAUGAUUUGUUCUCGAAGUCGAUGACCCUCUUCAAAAGUGGCUGGAAAUGGCCAGACGACUUCAAGGCAGGCGACUCCAUCACCGCUACACAGACUGGAACAUACUUCCUUGGUCUGGACUACGCCUGGCACGGAACUGAGAACAAUCUUCUCUUCACCAACUCUUAUAAGAUGAAGCUUUCGAUUCUCAUGGGGUUUGCCCACAUGUCUUACUCCUUUUACUUCUCGCUGGUGAACUACAAGUUUUUCAAGUCGCGGGUGGAUAUCAUCGGAAACUUCAUUCCUGGUUUACUGUUCAUGCAAAGCAUUUUCGGCUACCUUUCGCUCACCAUUGUAUACAAGUGGACAAUUGACUGGAUUAAGGUGGAAAAGCCGGCCCCCAGUCUGCUUAACAUGCUGAUUAACAUGUUCCUUUCGCCUGGAACCAUUGAGGCCCAGCUCUACAAGGGCCAAAGCUUUGUCCAGGUGGUAUUGGUGAUCAUCGCACUGGUUUGUGUUCCUUGGUUGUUGCUGUACAAGCCAUUAACGUUGCGUCGCCAAAAUAGCCAAUCUGUUGCUCUGGGAUACAGCGAUAUCCACGAACACGAGCAUCUCGACAACCUGUUGCAAUCAGAAGAAGAUGCCGAAGAUUCUGAUUUCUUCGUGAUCCAGGAUUUCCAAGAGCCAGAUGAGGAGUUUAAUUUCGGAGAUGUGAUGAUCCACCAGGUCAUUCAUACGAUCGAGUUCUGCCUUAACUGCGUCUCGCACACGGCCUCGUAUCUUCGUCUAUGGGCAUUGUCAUUGGCCCACAACCAGCUUUCUGCAGUUUUGUGGGAUAUGACGAUUUCCAACUCAUUCGUCUCGUACAAAGACAAUGGCUAUGCUGGGGUAAUCAUGGUGGUGCUGCUCUUUGGCAUGUGGUUUGUACUGACCGUUUGUAUUCUGGUGGUGAUGGAGGGCACCUCGGCCAUGUUACAUUCCCUGAGAUUGCACUGGGUAGAGGCUAUGUCCAAGUUCUUUGAGGGUGAGGGUUAUGCGUACAGUCCAUUUUCGUUUGAGAAAUUGCUGACGGAGUCGGAGGAGACUUGA